UCCCGGGGCUUGCGUCACGAGUGCGAAACCUUCCACGGCGUUCCUGGGAUCCUAAAGCGGAUCCUUAGCUGGAAUCGGCGGAGAGCAUCCACCCACUUGUUUGGAUGUCUUUUCCAGACAUCAAUGGAAGGGUAUUGUUGUAUUUCGAAGUAGGGAGGAAGUCUGCAGCAGGUGCAUGUGGAUGGCGGUAAAACUAGUCAAACAAAGUUGUCGCCAUAUGGUAGUCAAGCUAGUGGGCUGGUAUGUGUCGAGUGAAGCGUGUAAGUAAAAAAAAAAUAACUUUAACAGAAAGUGCUACUUGUAGUGUCGGGUCGAGUGAAUGUAGAAAGAAGAAGAUAUAAGUGAAGGCAGAAAAAAAAAAAACAUGGAGAAGAACAAGACGACCAGCGGGACUAGCGCCUAUGGUGGCACAGCCAAAGACAGAGUGAACAGGGUGGAUCCUUAUGGCUUUGAGCGGCCAGAAGACUUUGACUACGAGUCAUAUGAAGAGAUGAUGUCCGAGUAUCUUGUUGUGCUCACCCAAAGGUCCAUCAAGUGGUCCAAACUACUGAAGGGCAAACACAAGGUGCAGAGAAAUGUAAAACUCAAGCGCUACAUCCGUAAAGGGGUACCCAAUGAACACCGAGCCCUCAUCUGGAUGGCGACCAGUGGGGCUCAAGAUCAGCUGGAGAAGAACACAGGCUACUACCAGUCACUGCUUGGAGCUCAGCAUGACCCCAAAAUGGUGGAGAGCAUCGCUACAGACUUGAAUAGAACAUUCCCAGACAACGUACAGUUUCAAACGACAUCCAACCCGUGUCUGCAGAAAGCUUUGUACAAUGUGCUGCGGGCUUACGGUCACCACAACCCCACUGUGGGUUACUGUCAGGGCAUGAAUUUUAUAGCUGGUUUUCUACUUAUCAUAACAAAAGAUGAAGAGCAGUCCUUUUGGCUGAUGGAUGCACUCCUUGGAAAAAUCCUACCAGACUACUACAGUCCAGCCAUGCUCGGGUUAAAGACAGACCAGGAGGUGUUAGGGGAGCUGGUGAAGGUCAAGUCCCCCAGAGUGUGGAAGACCAUGAUGGAUCACAAUGUAAUGUGGACCCUGGUGGUGUCUCGGUGGUUCAUCUGUCUCUAUAUAGACAUCCUGCCAGUGGAGACUGUUCUCCGAAUUUGGGAUUGCCUGUUCUACGAGGGCUCUAAAAUCUUGUACCGUGUCGCGCUGACACUGAUCCACCACCACAGACUUCUGAUUCAGCAAGCCCAGUCCCUGCCAGAUGUAUGCCAAGUUUUCAAACAGAUCACACACGGACCCUUUGUGGAGGAAUGUCACCCAUUCAUGCAGAAAAUCUUCACUGAACCAGGACGCAUUUCCAUUGCAACACUGACCAAACUCCGAGCGGUAUGUCGAGCUCGUAUCAUUGCUCAGGAGGCAAACUGACUUGUUUAUGGUGCUCAUGCUCUUGAAACAUUCCAUGGGGGAAGAACCAGCUUUUUGCACCUUGACCUUCUUGUAUAGGUCUUGUCUUAACAUUGUCACGCAUCAACAUGAAUGUAUAUGAUCAUGUGAUAUUUAUAGCUUUGAGAAAGGAGAAAAAACUGUUUACACUUUAGUUUGCUUUUAGUUUGUAUUUUCUUCUCUAAUAUGUGAAGCUAGGCACUUUACUACACAGCUGUAGCAGAUGCCUGAUCACAUGAAUUGUUUUGUACACUGUAAGCACAACCACUACACCUGCUGUAUUUUUGCCAUGAUGAAUGUUGACUGUCAUUACAUGUAUGACAUGAAUAUGCACAUGUAAUAAUCUGUAUGAUCUAACAUUUCAAUGCGUGGUUGCGUUAAUAUGAAACAUUUGGGAACCAUUCCAGUAAGUGUGUUUGUGAUUUUCAAAUAUAACCCCAAUGUGCCCUAAUACAAUCACUCUUGCACAAUAGAUUCCAAUCACCACCAAAAUGUUUAUUAUCUUUUAAGAUUUGCAAUGCCAAAACAAGUUUAAAUAGUUUUGUAUCAAAAAAUUCUAAACAUUUCUUCUCAAGAGAUGCUGAGGAUAUCCCAAAUAGCAAUAGUAAGAGUAAUAGUAACCCACAAUGCAGAGUUGGACUGCUGGACCAUCACACAGAUUUAAAGCACAUAUUAAUUUGUAACUGCCUUAAUUUGCACAAGAGGCAAUGCACAGUCACACCACUGAAAAGCAUUGUUUGGUUGGGGGAGUGAGGGGAACCUUCUUUCCCUUUUUGGAGACUACCAGGGCUCAUCUCUUGCUGGUCACUCAAUUGAAAACCUUUGCAUAUACACAUUCUCAGCUGUCCACAUUUCUUACAAAAGGAGGAAAUUCAAUCUUGUAAAAAUAAAUCUAUCUUUCGGGUCAUACAGUAUUACCUCAUGUUACUUCCAUAUUACCUCAUAACGAGGAGAAAGAGGUUCUAAAAACCAAACAUAUUAUGAAAUUCAGUAAUUUCCAAAGAGACCAUGAAAACAUUGGGAGGUGAAAUGAUUCUCAUCCAGGUUAUGGUCAUUUGUAAAUGUUGGAUUGAAGCAACUGAACUCUUGUUUGAAGACGUUCCACCUUUCUUUCAAAAGACUUCUUUUAUAAGAUUUUAGGUGAAGAGUUCCCCCAUUUACAAUUAUUCUCAGUGCUUUUCUCAGAAAUUUUAGUUCAACUUCCACUGCAUUUAACCAUUUGUGCACAUCUUGGCAAUUUCUUCUUGCUCUGAUUACAUUGCAAAUGCUUUUGGAUGUAUAUCAGUUGCUUGUUUUGUAACAUUAUUAUUGCUCAUUACAUGUCAAAACUAUACUUAUGCUGAAUAGUUGUUCCCAAUAAAACCAAUAGUCUUAAUUUCAUUGCUUCAGUUAUUGCAUACAAAAUUGUUGAACUCAUUAUCUAUUCUACUUUUUUUUGCUGAAAAUGCCUAAAUUGAACAAUUGCUCUCAGGUGAAUUUCAGCUGUCACUCAUGACUUGGUGAUGCUGUCACAGAUUGACAAAAUUGAAUCUGUCAAUUGCAACAAUUUACAAUUGUACAAAGCGCCAUAUGAACGGAACAGUGAAAAGCUGGAGAUCGGUCUCCAGUAUGAACAGGUAAAACAUGUCUUAUAUGUACACGGAAGUUGUUAGCACAGUAAACUUUUACUUUGUGUAAUUUCAUGCAGCACACUAGCAAUUCUGUUCCAAACUGCAUUUUUACACAUGAAAAGUUGUUUAUCUAUGAAGCUUAUUCUGGUACAGCCAUUUCAGACAAUAGCGGCCUCACCUGUGUGCACCUUCUUGGUUGAAAUAUACAACAUUUGAUGACUCUGCAGGGUGAUAGACCCUGAAAUUGAGGGGUGGAGUUAUGUUGCAGCGUGGGAUUAUUGUCUGUUUUCACCACUCACGUCUGGUCAUGCAGUGGUUUGCAGCACAUGACAAAAUGCUAGUUUAACAUCUCUCUCCCCUUACUCCCAUUCCUUAAUCCAAUAGAGGAAUGUUUA